AUAUUGUGUCAUAGAAUUUGAAAACAAGGUGCGUACGUAGGAAGUGAAGCUGAAAUUUUGAUGGCAACAAUGAUAGGUUGGGGGAUGCAAGAACAAGGGUGGAAGAAGGGGCCUUGGACUCCUGAAGAGGAUAAAUUACUUAGUGAAUAUGUAAGCUUAUAUGGGGAGGGAAGAUGGAGCUCUGUGGCUAGAUCUGCAGGUCUCAAUAGGAGUGGGAAGAGUUGCAGGCUUAGGUGGGUGAAUUAUCUCAGGCCUGGUCUCAAGAGAGGCCAGUUAACUCCUCAGGAGGAAGGCAUCAUUAUUGAACUACAUGCUAUCUGGGGCAACAAGUGGUCAACCAUUGCUAGAUACUUGCCUGGGAGGACAGACAAUGAGAUAAAAAACUACUGGAGAACCCAUUUCAAGAAGAAAGAAAAAUCCUCUCAGAAGCAAGAAAAGCGCAAACAGCAAAUUCUAAAACAAAAACAACAACAACAGCAGCUACAGCUACUACUACAGCAACAGCAAGAAGUGCAGCAAUCUCAAGAACAUGACAUAAAAACCGUCUUUUCUCAAGCAGAGACAAGCACUGAGGAAAUGAGUGAGACUCACGGAAUUAGGCAACAGAUGGUUCUGAAGAACCCAAAUUCGGAGGACCAGUGCAUGCCUAAGAUGUAUCAAGAUUUUGCAUCGUGGUUCGACACAGUCGGAGAUGAUGGGCUAUCGAGUGGCCUGUGGAACUUCGCUGAUGAUUACACAGUCGCAUGGAUGAGACAAGUCUGUGCAACAAAUUAACCGGCCAUCCAUGCAGAAUCAAUCUAAGAAAAAAAAAAAAAAAACAAAGUGGAGGGUACAUUAAAUAGGCCAAAGGCUGAUUAAACAUAUGAUACAUAAAGGCUCUCUCUGUGGCAAUAUGUAUCUAGCUAUCAAGUCUAAAUUCUUUUUCUUUUUUUUUGGAUAUAUUAAGUCUAAUUCUUGUUUUUCCCAGCAUGUAACAUUAUAUAUAAAUUGGCAGUUAAUAAUUGAUACUAGAAUUUUAAAACAGAAAGAUCACCACUGUUUGCUGAAAAUCUAGCCUAUAUUCCUUCUGGGCUCCUUUUCAUCUCUCUCUCUCAUAUGUACACUGCUCUCCAAAUUUUGUCUUACAGGACUUCAGUGGAGAAUGAGGAAUUCUAAACCCUAUA